AUGGAUGAUGGAGAGAGUAAUGAAGCACCAAAUUCAAAGGUUCAUGACUUCGACUUGAACAUUCCAUAUGUGGAAGACUUUGAUGUCAACCCUGAAAACGAGACUUCAUCUCCAAAUACCAAGCAACUAAAGUAUGGUUGUGAGCAGAAGAUGAAAGUAGAGGAUGCAAUUGCUGAAGUUCAGCAUGCUGCUAAAGUGGAAACUGCUGAAGGAGCUAUCUCUGAAGUUGAAACUCAGCAUAUUGCCUCAGUCUCCUUGGCAACACCAAGUGCCUCACAAGGUCGCUGCCGCCGGCGCUAUCGCCGCCGUCAUCAUCAUGGUGGAGAAGCUAAGCAGAGCAGUGAUCCAGCUAGAUUCUGCACAAAUUUUAUCUGUAGGACAAGAAAAACUCCCAUGUGGCGCAAGGGACCUCUUGGACCAAAGACUCUCUGCAAUGCUUGUGGCCUUCAAUACAUUAAGACUGUGAAGAGUAGAGGCAGUGACCUACCCGCUACAGUUCCUGUUGAAGGUGAUGCUUCCACUGUUCAUGAUGAUGAUGAUGAUGGUGGUGGUGCUUCUCAUGGUCCUGUCCCUGUCCCACCUGAAACUGUUGAAGUAGAAAAUCUCUAA